CAGUUUCAGUCUCACAAAUCCCAUUCGUUUCCCUCCCUUUUUUCCUGCAGAUUCUUGAGCAAAAUCCAAAUGCGCCCAUCUGAGGACAUAUUGAACAAUGCCUUUUAGUGGUAUUUGCCCUGUUAUUCUGCUGAAAUCAGCCACAAGAGCAGGAAUAUAUCUAGUGGACUCUUGGAUGUACUUGAAGUAGUAUAUUGACUAUUCAUGAUGAUGACAACCCUAUCGUUUGCAUCCGGAAGCGUUGGAAAUAAACAUUGCUGCUUGGAAUUUUCUAGUUUGUAUUUUGUUGAAGGUUUUUUGGCUGGCAAACUCCUUAGAAGUUCUUAUAGAAGAGGGUAUGGAUUUUGGUUGGAUGAUCCAAAAUUUCCCCGGAUUAAGAGCAGGAACAGAUUUUGUGUCACUGCAAAGGUUAAAAAGUGGAGGAAGCACGAUUAUCCUUGGCCGGAUGAUAUGGAUCCAAACAUUAAAAGUGGUCAUUUGACUCAUUUGUCUAACUUCAAACCUCUGAUAGAGAAACCAAAACCCAUCACACUUCCAUUUGAGAAGACUCUGGUUGAUUUAGAGAAGAAGAUUAUUGAGAUCCGUAAUUUGGCUGAUGAAACCGGUUUGGAUUUCAGCGAUCAAAUUGGUAUCCUCAAGAACAAGUAUCAGAUGGUUCUUAAAGAUUUGUACACACAUUUGACACCAAUUCAGCGAUUAUCAAUUGCACGACAUCCCAAUAGACCGACAGUUCUUGAUCAUAUAUUAAACAUAACAGACAAGUGGGUAGAACUCCAUGGAGAUCGUGCUGGGUAUGAUGAUCCAGCAAUUGUUACUGGCAUUGGGAGCAUUGAAGGUAAAAGCUACAUGUUUAUAGGGAAUCAGAAAGGUAGGAAUACCAAGGAGAACAUUUCUCGGAACUUUGCAAUGUCAACCUCUCAUGGCUACCGGAAGGCUUUGCGAAUGCUGAAAUAUGCGGAUCAUCAUGGUUUGCCUGUUCUUACUUUUGUUGACACUCCUGGGGCAUUUGCUGAUCCAAAAUCUGAGGAACUUGGACAAGGUGAUGCAAUAGCCCAGAACAUAAAAACCAUGCUUGCACUAAAGGUCCCCUCUGUAUCAGUGAUAACUGGUGAAGGUGGUUCAGGAGGUGCUCUUGCCAUUUCUUGUUCAAAUAAAAUUUUCAUGAUGGAGAAUUCUGUUUUAUAUGUUGCAAGUCCUGAAGCCUGUGCUGCAAUAUUGUGGAAAUCCUCCCAAGCAGCCCCCAAGGCUACAGAGAAAUUGAGAAUCACAGCUCAAGAACAUUAUAGGCUCAAAAUUGCUGAUGGCAUCAUCCCUGAGCCUCUAGGUGGUGCACAUGCUGAUCCUGUAUGGACCUCCCAACAAAUUAAGUCUGCAAUAAUCCAGGCAAUGAAGGAGUUGUCAAGCAUGAGUACAGAAGAGCUGCUUCACCACAGAAUGCUCAAAUACCGACAUAUCGGCAGUUUUCAAGAAGGUGUUCCCAUUGAUCCACAGAGAAAACGCAAAAUGAAGCCAUCUCAAACCAGCAUACCAAAGGCUGGUGACAUACAUUUAGAAAUGGAGAAACUCAAGCAAGAUGCUGACAAAGAGUUAACCAAUGCAUUCAUCUCCAUGGGCCUGCAAGAGAAGCUUGAAUCACUCAAGCUAGAACUCUCUAAAGCGCCAAAGGGGUCGCCUAAUCAACCACUCAGCGGAAACCUGAAGGAAAAAGCAGAUAAAAUCAUGCAAGAAUUCAAGCAGAACCUAUCAAAGCCUGGUUCCUAUAUGGGUUUGAAACAGAAGCUUGAAAAGCUAGACAUGGUAAACAAACUCAUGGAUCAAAAGAAGAAAAGCGAGGAACUUAAAUCAGAGAUCAACAACAAAAUCCCAUCUGAGACAAAAGCAAAACUGAAACAAUUAAAGGAUUCUUGGGACAAUGCCAUCUCUAAUGGGGCCACAAUGGACAGAGACCUGACAGAGAAGCUCGAAAGAAUCAAGGCAGAGCUUUACCAUAUCUUAAAGUCAGCAAAUUUAGAAGUCAUCGGAGUGGCGAAAAGGACUGCCGCCGCCCCACCGGCGGAGGCGAGAGAGAAGGUGCAGCGUUUGAAAGAGGAGAUCAAUGGGGAGAUUGAGAGGGCCAUAGAAAUGGAGGGGCUUCAGGGGAAGAUUGAGGAACUGAAAGCGAAAAUGGCGGAUGGGUUGAAUCUGGAAGAGGUUGAGAAGGUGGAGGCUGAGAUAAAGGAUAAGAUCGUUGAAGCUUUGGAGGCAUCUGGGUUGAAAGAGAAAGUGAAGAGCUUGAGAAUGGAGGUGGCUUCAUCCAUGGCGGCCGGUGCAGAAAGUCAUGGCUGCCGCUGAUAAUGGCAGGUUUUAGAUAAAUGCAUAACUCAAGGUCGAGGGCAAUUAUGUAAAUUAUCGAUACUUUGCUUUCCCUGAUAUAAACUACAUAGAAGUUAUUAUAUGGUUAUUAUGAAAGAGGAAUGGAAAAGGUCUCCAAAGUAUUG